UCUACUUUAAAAAAAACAACUGUCUGUUAAUUUCGGGUAAUUGCCCAUCAUUUUCCAAAGGCAGGAACAAUAUUGACAGUGCAAGCUUUCAUCAAAAGUAAAUAGAGCAGGUGGGUAAAUACUGCCAUGACCAGCACUACCGAGCAAAACUGGAAUGAGUUUUUCUUCUUUAUUUAAAUUUUUGACAGAGUACUUUUCAAGACUUCAGGGAGAAAAAGGUUAUAAUAUACAGAAACUGACUCCAGAAUGUGUGCCUAAGAUCUACGAAAAUACAUAUUUCCGAGGAGGUGAUAUCGCUAAGGUCUUAACCCCAACUUUGGACUACUGCCAAAUAGUGUGUACAUAUCACCCAAGAUGUCUAUUGUUCAGCUACCUGCCAGGAAACGGGACAGAAAAUCCUGCAAACAGGUUUACAUGCUUCCUGAAAGACCAUGGUAAUCAAGUGUUGCCAAAAAUACAUCUGGAAGGAAUUACCUCAGGACAUUCCCUGAAACAAUGCCCUCAAAUAACUGCUUGCAGCCAGGAAGUCUAUAAAGGACUGGACUUGCAGGGAGGAACAACUUACAACGUAACCAUUGAAGACAGUUAUCAACAUUGCCAAAGAAGAUGCACCAACGAGGUUCAUUGUCAAUUUUUCACAUAUGUUUCAGCAUCAAAUCAAAGAGCAAACUUUAGAAAAAAAUGCUUCCGGAGGUAUAGCACCACAGGAACACCGACCCAAAUAGAAGUGCUCAACGAUGUUACGUCAGGAUUCUCAUUAAAACCUUGUCAACUUGCUGAAACAGAUUGCCUGUUGGACAUUUUUCAACAUACCCACUUUUCUGGAACUUUAGUUGCGAGAGUUUUUGCACCUGAUGCCUUUGUAUGUCGAACAAUUUGCACAUAUCAACCCAACUGCAUAUUUUUUACCUUUUACAGCAGUGAAUGGCAGACAAAAACCGAAAAGUAUAUUUGUCUCAUGAUGACAUCAGAAAGUGGAAUGCCUGAUGCUAUUGUAGAGUCAAAAAAUGUUUUGUCUGGCUUCAGUCUUCUGAACUGCCGAAAAACUAUACCUGCCUGUUCUUCUCAGACUUAUCCCAAUUUAAAUUUUCUGGGGAUGGACCUGAAUGAGGAGUAUGUCGAUGGGCCCAAGGCGUGUCAGCAGCUUUGUACAGAUAUUGUCCGCUGCCAGUUUUUUACUUAUUCUCCAAACCAAGCUUCCUGUAACAGAGAGGGAAAAUGCAAAUGCAACUUAAGAAUGUCUACCCAAGGGUCUCCACACAAAAUAGUCUUCGAAAAUGAAAAGAUUUCUGGCUAUUCAUUAAGACUUUGUCAAAUGAAAGUCAGCCCUGUAUGUGUGCAGAAACCUUUAUUGGAUUCGAGAGUUGUUGGAGGAACAAAUGCAUCCCUUGGAGAAUGGCCCUGGCAAGUGAGCUUGCAUGUGAAGCUCUCAGUCCAGAAGCAUCAUUGUGGUGGUUCGAUUAUCAGCGACCAAUGGAUAUUGACUGCUGCUCACUGCAUGGGAGACCUUCUCCCACCUGAUGUUUGGCGGGUUUAUACUGGAAUUCUGAAACAAUCACAGAUCAGUGAAGAUACCCCCUUCUUCAAAGUGCAAGAGGUUAUUGUUCACCCUGACUAUGAGAUUUCAGAAGAAGGAUAUGACAUUGCUUUAAUGAAACUUGACAGACCCAUGAAUUUCAGUGAUUUACAGCAAGCCCUCUGCCUGCCAGCCAAUGAAGAUACAAAGGAGAAUACAGGAUAUACCAACUGUUGGGUGACUGGAUGGGGUUACACAAAGGAGAGAGGCGAAAUACAAGAUGUUCUACAAAAGGUCAAUAUCCCUAUAAUAACAAAUGCAGAAUGUCAGUUGCGAUACCGAGACUUCAGAAUACACAAUAAGAUGGUAUGUGCUGGUUACCCUGAAGGCGGAAAAGAUGCUUGUAAGGGAGACUCAGGUGGACCUCUGUCAUGUAAACACAAGGAAGCCUGGUAUCUAGUUGGCAUCACCAGCUGGGGUGAGGGAUGUGCCCGUCCAGGCCACCCAGGAGUCUACACCAAUGUGGCUGAAUUUGUAGAGUGGAUUCUAGAAAAAAUUUCAUAGAAGAAGGACUGUUCAGGGAUAUGACAGUACCAUGAUGUUAUACAAACAACUGACUCUGAGAUUCUCUGAGAAACAUGUUAGAAGUUCCCUCUCGACUUAGAAAGGUUUAUCUAAAAAGGGAAAAGGCUGGCAAACUGGUACACAGUCUCCAGAGGGGCUUACUUCUGUAUAACUAUCUAAUUCAGUGCUGAAUUAGGCCCACUUAAACUCACUGAAAUCAGUUUUAGGUGGGUAGCCCUGUUGGUCUGCACUAGAACACCAGGAUUUGAUUCCAGGGGCAAUUCAGAGAUCAACAAGAUUUUCAGAGUGUAAGCUUUCAAGAGUCAGAAGUCUGAAGAAGGGAGCUGUGACUCUCAAAAGCUUACACUCUGAAAAUGUUGUUGGUCUCUAAGGUGCCACUGGAUUCAAAUCCUGCUGUUCGUUGAAAUCAAUGGUCUUACUUGGGUUUUAAUUACACAGGAGGUUGUAAGUCAGAAAGGAAGACAAGAAAAAUAUUACACUUUGGAAUAAAGAAUCAGUCACAUUAAAACGAAAAUAGAACACGUGCAUUUAUCACGGACUAUAUUUUGGUCAACCCAUUCCACAGAUGUGCCCUACUGACUUUACUGUCAUUACAACUAUCUCACAGCACACUUUGCAAAUGUCUUAUGUCUUUCUUUGAAAGAGGUGGUGUUACGACAAUUCUGGCUUUUAUUGCCUUGCCUCCUAUGAUGCUACAGAAGGCUAAGCAGCUGUGAACUAGAAGAAACUUAGGAGAUGCUACAAUUCCAGAAGUGUCCUCCUCAGUAGAGUCACAGCCUUCCCAUCCCAUUGAUUUCAUUAGACUUGGCUUAGGGUAGCGCUGAAAGCCUUAAAGUGUUUUAAAAAGUUAUUUUUCUUUCUGUGUAGUUCCAUGUUUGUUUUUAUUUCUAUGAAUGAUAACAAUAAACAUAAACAAUUGCUAAGUGUC